UACGAUUACCAUCAGAUGCCUGCACCUUUCAUCCAGAUCAAAUUGCUGAAGAUAAUGGCGUUGCUGGGUAGUGGUGAUAAGAAUGCGAGUGAAAUCAUGUCUAUGGUGCUUGGAGAUUUGUUCAGAAAGUGUGACUCAUCUACCAAUAUAGGAAAUGCGAUCCUUUACGAGUGUAUUCGAUGUAUUUCUUGUAUACUUCCAAAUCCCAAGCUGUUGGAAGCUGCUGCUGAUGCUAUCUCCAAGUUUUUGAAGAGUGAUAGUCACAAUUUGAAGUACAUGGGCAUUGAUGGUCUUGGUCGAUUGAUAAAAAUAAGCCCAGAUAUUGCUGAGCAGCACCAACUUGCUGUGAUAGAUUGUUUGGAGGAUCCAGAUGAUACACUAAAGAGGAAAACAUUUGAAUUGUUGUACAAAAUGACCAAGUCCUCUAAUGUAGAAGUGAUUGUUGACCGAAUGAUUGAUUACAUGAUUAGUAUCAAUGACAAUCAUUACAAAACUGAGAUAGCAUCUCGUUGUGUUGAGUUGGCUGAACAAUUUGCUCCAAGCAAUCAAUGGUUCAUCCAGACCAUGAAUAAAGUCUUCGAGCAUGCAGGAGAUCUGGUAAAUAUUAAGGUGGCACAUAAUCUGAUGCGUUUGAUUGCUGAAGGAUUUGGAGAGGACGAUGAUGAUGCAGACAGCAAGCUCAGAUUAUCAGCUGUGGAAUCGUAUUUGCAGCUUAUUAGUGAGCCAAAGCUUCCAUCCCUGUUUCUUCAGGUCAUUUCUUGGGUCUUGGGAGAAUACGGCACAGCUGAUGGGAAAUAUUCUGCCUCCUAUAUUAGUGGAAAGCUGUGCGAUGUGGCAGACGCAUACUCAAGUGAUGAAACUGUAAAGGGUUAUGCUGUUUCUGCACUGAUGAAGAUCUAUGCAUUUGAAAUCGCAUCUGGAAGAAAAGUGGAUGUUUUGCCAGAGUGCCAAUCUUUGAUCGAAGAGCUACUGGCUUCACAUUCAACAGAUCUUCAGCAACGUGCAUAUGAGCUUCAGGCUCUCCUUGCUCUAGAUUCCCGUGCUGUUGAGACUAUAAUCCCUUUAGAUGCUAGUUGUGAAGACAUCGAGGUUGAUAAAGAACUUUCAUUUCUCAAUGGCUACAUCCAACAAGCUAUCGAGAGUGGAGCGCAGCCUUAUAUUUCUGAGAGAGAGCGCUCGGGGAUGUUUGAAACAACCGAUUACCAUCCCCAGGAUCAUCACGAAGUUCCAUCUCAUACCCUUCGAUUCGAAGCCUAUGAACUUCCAAAGCCAUCAGUGCCACCACAAGCUUCGACCGAGCUUGUUCCAGUACCUGAGCCUUCUUAUUACAGUGAGUCACACCAGCCAAUUUCAACAUCUUUGGUGUCUGAACGAGAAUCGUCAGAGAUCAAGCUGCGACUCGAUGGAGUUAAGCAAAAAUGGGGUAGACCGAGCUAUCAACCAACCACAUCAGCUUCUUCCACUACUCAGCAAGCAGCAAAUGGUACCACUUCACACUCGGAUGGAGGAGUUGGUUCAUCUAGCUCAAAGCCUCGAAGCAGUUACGAACCAAAGAAACCAGAAAUCGAUCCCGAGAAACAGAGACUUGCUGCAUCCUUGUUUGGUGGAUCAUCAUCAUCAAGAACUGAUAAAAAGUCUUCUGGUGGUCAGAAGCCCGCAAAAGGAACAGUUAACAAACCCGCAACUGUCCCCAAGGAAAAUCCAACCCCUGUUCAACCGCCACCAGACUUACUAGACUUAGGCGAGCCAAUGGCUACAACUGUUUCAACAAUGGAUCCUUUUAAAGAGUUGGAAGGGCUUAUGGAUUCUUCGAGCCAAGAUGGGGGUUCGAACGAUGUGAUGGGACUAUACUCAGAUGCAGCACCUGUGACCACAACCACAAGUGUCGACUCUCUCUUAUCCGAACUGUCUGAUAGCUCCAAAGGAAACUCACGCACGUAUCAAUCUCAAACC